UAAACAAACACCUCACAGCUUAUGGAAUGUCAGCCUGAAAAAAUGCGACCCAAUGUUCUUUAUUGAAAAAAGUGUUAAGGAAACUUUGAUUAUACAAACAAAAUGAGCUCCGAGAUAGAGGAACAUGUAACGAAGAAAUAUGAAAUUAAGAAACGACUUGGCAAAGGGGCCUACGGUAUCGUAUGGAAAGCAAUAGACAGAAGGACAGGAGAAGUGGUAGCUUUAAAGAAAAUAUUUGAUGCUUUUCGAAAUUCUACAGAUGCUCAACGAACGUUUAGGGAAAUCAUGUUUUUGCAAGAAUUCGGAGAUCAUCCAAACAUUGUAAAACUUCACAACGUUCUACGAGCAGAAAACGAUAAAGAUAUUUACUUGGUUUUUGAAUUUAUGGACACGGAUUUGCACAAUGUGAUAAAGAGAGGAAAUAUUUUGAAGGACGUUCAUAAGCGAUAUAUAAUGUAUCAAUUACUUAAAGCAACCAAAUACUUGCAUUCUGGAAAUGUUAUACAUAGAGAUCAAAAGCCAUCAAAUGUACUAUUAGAUAGUGAAUGCUUUGUCAAAGUUUGUGAUUUUGGUUUAGCACGAUCUUUGACUCAAUUAGAGGCAGAUGACCAAACCGACCCAAGUCUAACAGAAUACGUUGCAACUAGAUGGUAUAGAGCUCCAGAAAUUAUACUUGCUUCACACAACUACACUAAAGGCGUAGAUAUGUGGAGUAUGGGAUGUAUUCUAGGGGAGAUGCUAAUGGGUAAGCCUCUAUUCCCUGGAAGUUCUACACUUAAUCAGAUUGAACGUAUUAUGUCGACAAUUGACCUUCCUAGUAGAGAAGACGUUGACAGUAUUCAAAGCACAUUUGGUGCAUCUCUCUUGGACAAAAUCGUAAAAAAGUCACGGAAAACUUUAAAUGAUUUAAUACCAGAUGCUCCAAGUGAAGCUUUAGAUCUACUUCACAAACUGCUUCAGUUUAAUCCAAGUAAAAGAAUAACGGCUGACCAAGCUCUUAAACAUCCAUAUGUUGCUCGUUUUCAUAACGCUGCUGAAGAACAGUCUAUAGGCCGCGAUGUCCUACCACCGCUGAAUGAUGAUAUACAACUAACUGUAGAAGAAUAUAGAAGUAAAUUAUACGAAAUGAUCAUGCAAAAAAAGCUAGAGAGAAGACGAAGAAGAAGGGAGGAAAGAUCGAAAAAUUUAGCAGAACAGGAAGUUACUAACCACAAAAAUGAGAGAUCAUCAUCACCAAAGGAGCCAACACAAAAACACCAAGGUUCUGCUGAUGCAAAGAAAGUUGUAGCUUUUGGAAGAACAACACAUCAGACGGCUACCCCCGUGCCGAAUCAAUUUCAGGGAAAGCCGAAAAGCCAUGCUGUCAUUCAUAAGCAACAUUCAACCGGAAAUAUUGAAAACGGUUCGACAAAAAGCAGACACACUUCCGCCCCAGUUGGUAGAGCCACACCAGUUCAAACAGUUAUAAGAACUCACUCAGCAGGCCUACAUAGAAAUCACACUAAUAAUCCUGCCAUUCUACGUGAUUUGGGACCAUCUUCAACAAAAGUGGUUAGCAUACUAUUUUCAAUUUAUCUUUUACUUUUUUCUUUAAAAACUCGGUCUUCUUUUACAUUGUUCUUAUUAUGAUUUUUUACCUUUCCUCUUCGAGCAUGUUCGAAGACGUUUCUAUAUAGGAGUUGUUCGAAUUUUUUCCUAAUUCCAAAUAAAUCCUCAGCAACCAACAACUCAAACAUAAAUAAAAAAAGUUGGUUGUAAGUAUAAGCGAUAGAUGGCGCAGCUCUCUCUAUAAGGGAAAAUUAUGAAAAAAUACAGCAAUCUCCAUAAUUUUUUGGCGUAUAUUUUAAAAUGUUUAGUUGUAUGCAGCGUUAAGUUUUUUUUUGCGUGUAUCACAGCAUGGGCCGUCGUUCACUUGCACUCCAUUCCAACGUCGCUGGCUACCUGUGGCAAGUACUCUUUCUAUCUUUCUCCAGUCGUUUCUAAAAGCCUGCCUUUCUUCUCUUUUUUUCUUUAUGUUUUUUUUUUCAUCUCUAUAUUUUCUUUAGGCUUGUUAUCCCUCCUUUUUGUAUGUUUUAUAUCAUCAGUAUUUAUGUUUUCCCUCUUUUUUACUAUAUAGAUACCACAUCAAAGACCAUUGUCAUCAAAACAAGGACAACAAGUCGAAUCGGGCGCAACAAGGCCGAGAUCGCACUAUGGCAGGAAACAAUAUGAUAAUAAGGCAAAUGCUACAUCAUCGACAGUUUCCAAGUCGAACUUUGGCAAUUACUCCCAGAACUAUGGAACGAUAACUGCCUCAGGGCUUGCAAAUUUACACUCGAAAAAAUGGUCUAGUUGAUAAGUGGGGUGUUUUUAAGAAAGAGAAGGGUUUGUUUGUUUGUUUGUUUGUUUUAUUCCGUCCGUCUUUUUAGAGUUAUCGUUUGGUCUGUGAUUUUUUAAAAAUUUUCAACGCUUCUGUGAUACUAUAGGCGAAAUAUUUUUUUUAUAUUUCAAUCUGCAAACAUUCGUUUAGGCUCUUCUAGUCUUUACAAAGCAUUAUUUUCUUCAAUCUCUACAUAUUUAGAAAACAAAUUAAUAUAACACUUCCUGACACCCAUAACCCUCUCCACGGACUAAAUUCGUCAACGUAGCGUCAUCUAUUGGUAAACAGAUUUUUGCUAUUUACAAAAAAGAUUUACCAGCAAAAUAAAUAAAUGGGAAUAAAGAUCAAUUAGGCCUACGUGUUUGUAUUUCUUUAGCGCCGUGUCUAACUUAAAGAAAAUUUUUGCACAAACUAGACUAAGAGACUUUAUAGUUUUUUCCCAUAAAUCGGUUUAUCAUUCUAUAAAUCUCCUGAAAGCAAAUUUUAUUUUUAUGUUCACAAUUUCUUUUUUGCUAAAUAUAAAGUUACUGUAGUUUUAAGAUUGGUUUUCAACUUAUUUUCAACGAAACUUAACUUUUCCUGCACACUAUGCUUGUUGAGCGACGGCGCUGGAGAAAAUCAACAAAGUUAUCUAUAGUUACCUAAAAAUAUUUUGUUUAUUUUAGCAACCAAUAAGUAUUUUAUCAGUAAAGCCAAACGAAAAAGCCUUUUGAAUUGUUUUUAUGCCUGCAAUGUAAUAUUUUGUACAUAUCACAUCGUAACCGUAAAGUUGAUUUCAGAUAAUACAGAAUUGCGGUUGUUACUC